AUGGUGGCGACCAGCCUCUACAAGCGCAACAUGGUCAUCGACGCGAAGGAUCACGCGAUCCUAUCCGCGCCUCGCGACGCCAAUGAGAUCACGCGCAGCAACCAGCACAUCUCCCCUCUCCUACGCCUUCCUGGAGAGAUUCGCAACCGUAUCUACGAGUACGUCUUCUUCGAUGCAGAAGUAGUGGUUACAGACCCAGACCGGACCGGCCGGGUGGCCCGCCGGGUGGCCCGCCGGAACGACAGCCCAAUCCACGCACUCGCGACCUGCCAGCAGAUUCGCCACGAAGCUACCUCUAUCUUCUGGAAUGAGUGUACGAUAGACCCUGUAGGUGUCUAUUCAUUCUCCAAGGUCGCAUCAAUCAUGGGAGUGUCGAACUGCGCUCGUAUCACGUCUCUCUUUGUACAUGCGGGUCUUGUCUUCGACGUAACUGUCUUAAACUCCACACUACCAGUCUCGUACCCCUUGGCGGAUUUCCCUCUGUUACGGAAGCUUGAUGUGACUGGUUUCUUCUUCAGACCAAAGAACGAGAAAGAGGACGCUAUACUGCGCUGUAUUCGCGUCAACGGCGUCGAAGUUGAUUGCAUAGACAGGGACUUCGGCUGUGACCAAGAAUGGUAG